AUGGAGGAUAGGAGUGAGGUGUUGUUUCCAUCGUUUCAUGGGGUGGAAGAAGAAGAAGAAGAGAAACACAAGAGUAGGAAGAAGAAAGAGAGAGAACCAAGGUUCGCCUUUCAGACAAGAAGCCAGGUUGAUAUUCUCGAUGAUGGCUACAGGUGGAGGAAGUACGGCCAAAAAGCUGUCAAGAACAAUCCAUUCCCCAGGAGCUAUUAUAAGUGUACAGAGAAAGGAUGCAGAGUGAAGAAGCAAGUGCAGAGGCUAUCAGGAGAUGAAGGAGUGGUCGUUACCACUUACCAAGGUGUUCAUACCCAUCCCGUUGAUAAACCCUCCGAUAACUUCCACCACAUUUUGACCCAAAUGCACAUCUUCCCUCCAAUCUAG